CCAUAGAAUAUCGAUGUUUCAAAAAAUAAUAAAACAUCGAUGCAUCGAUGUUUCCAUCGAUGAUUUUCCACCUCUAACACCAGCUCGGCUCGGCAUUUUCAUGAAAUCAGACCUAAUGACCACUGCGUUCGACGCAUCGCACACCGAGGGCCCCGGCUUCGUGGGCAUACGGUUCUGCCAGGAGUGCAACAACAUGUUGUACCCGAAGGAGGACAAGGAGAACAAAAUUCUGCUCUACGCGUGCCGCAAUUGCGACUACAAGCAGGAGGCGGACUCCAAUUGCAUAUACGUGAACAAAAUUAUGCACGAAAUCGAUGAACUGACCCACAUUGUGCCCGACGUUAUCUCAGAUCCCACACUGCCGCGCACCGAAGACCAUGCCUGUCCGAAGUGUUCGCAUCGUGAGGCGGUCUUCUUCCAGGCCCAGACCCGGCGUGCCGAGGAGGAGAUGCGACUGUACUAUGUGUGCACGAACCAAAACUGCACUCACCGCUGGACAGAGUAGACACAGCUGCGGCGCCCAUUAAUUGUAGUUAAUAGCAAAUAUAAAUAACAUCUCUACUAUA